AUGGAUGAAGGUAAUAAAUAUCUCAAGACAUGGACUGACAUGAAAUAUAAUUUAAAGAAAAAAGCGGCGGAAAUUAAAAAGGAGCAAACUAAAACAGGAGGUGGUUUAGGAGUUACGAAAGUAUUGACUCCGUUUGAGGAGAGGGCAUUGCAGUUGCUCGGUUCGAGUUUUAUUGGCCUAAACGAGCCAGAUGUUGGUUUGCCAAAAUCUUAUUCAACAUUUCUCUUAAUUCCACCAAUUAAUGAAAACAGAAAUGAACCAUUCACUCCAAAAUUAAUUGAUGAAAAUAUCUGCCACAUCACACGUGAACACUUAAAAAAGGCUUUGGAGUCAUCUUUCUGUCAGUGGAUGUUCAGAAUCCUAUUUAUUAGGAAAUGA